UUCCUCACAGCAGCAGUGCAGAGACACUAAGCCAGGACAUAGACAUCAGCCAGGGAAUAAGUAUAUCCAUUCAUGGGUCUAAAAACCAAGUGCAGAUUCAUCAAAGGAAAAGUGUGGAGAGUCAGUCCGUGCCGAACGAUCACAUUGUCGUCAGACAUUCCUCACUCCCGCCUCUCCGAAGAUCAGUAAGGAUGGAGGCCUCCUCUUCUGGCAAGUGUGCGCUAUCAAAUGGAAACACUGAGAUUCAUUAUCCAGGGGUUAAGGACAUAAAUAUAUUCUUUGAUGACAUGGAAGCAGCAAACAGUCCCUCCAAAGAUGAUGACUCUUUGCUGCAUGCUGGUAAUUUGACAAGCAUGUCUGAUGAAGUCAGCAGAAUUGAUGCAGAGGGAGAGAUUCCAAAUGUGCCAGAAAAGAACAAAACAAAUGGGUUAUUUUUUAAUGAUGGAAAGUGCCGAAUUGACUAUAUACUGGUAUACAGAAAAUCAAGCCCCCAGUCAGAGAAGAGGGAAAUUUUUGAACGCAAUAUUAGAGCAGAAGGGUUGCAAAUAGAAAAAGAGUCAUCUAUCACCAACAGUGAUAUCAUGUUUGUAAAAGUUCACGCUCCCUGGGAGGUGCUAGGAAGAUAUGCCGAACUUAUGAAUGUAAGGAUGCCUUUCAGGAGAAAAAUCUAUUACCUGCACAGACGAUACAAGUUCAUGAGCAGGAUGGAGAAGCAAUUAAGCAGGUUUCGGGGAUGGCUGCCUAAAAAGCCUAUGAGAUUGGACAAGGAGACAAUUCCAGACCUGGAGGAAAAUGACUGUUACACUGCACCCUUCAGCCAGCAGAGGAUUCAUCAUUUUAUCAUAAACAACAAAGACACCUUUUUCAACAAUGCCACAAGAAGUCGGAUUGUGCAUCAUAUUUUACAAAGAGUUAAGUACGAAGAAGGGAAAAAUAAAAUAGGUCUAAACCGCUUGCUUUCAAACUGCACCUAUGAAGCUGCAUUUCCUUUACAUGAGGGAGGCUACAGAAGUAAGAACUCAAUAAAGACUCAUGGAGCAGACAAUCACCGUCACCUUCUUUUUGAGUGCUGGGCCUCCUGGAGAGUGUGGUUUAAAUAUCAACCCCUGGAUCUUGUACGGAGAUAUUUUGGUGAGAAGAUUGGCCUGUAUUUUGCAUGGCUUGGCUGGUAUACAGGAAUGCUGUUCCCAGCAGCAAUAAUUGGAUUAUUUGUAUUCCUGUAUGGAAUGUUUACACUGGAUAGCUGCCAAGUCAGCAGAGAAAUCUGUGAAGCCACAAACAUUACUAUGUGUCCGCUGUGUGAUAAAUACUGUCCCUUUAUGAGGUUAUCAGACAGCUGUGUCUACGCCAAGGUAACCCAUCUUUUCGAUAAUGGAGCAACUGUGUUCUUUGCAGUGUUUAUGGCAGUUUGGGCAACUGUUUUUCUGGAGUUUUGGAAAAGAAGAAGAGCGGUGAUUGCCUAUGACUGGGAUUUAAUAGACUGGGAAGAAGAGGAGGAAGAGAUCCGUCCUCAGUUUGAAGCCAAAUACUCCAAAAAAGAGCGGCUAAACCCAGUAUCAGGAAAGCCGGAGCCUUAUCAAGCCUUUGCAGAUAAAUGCAGCAGACUUGUCGUUUCUGCUUCUGGAAUAUUUUUUAUGAUUUGUGUGGUAAUUGCUGCUGUUUUUGGCAUUGUAAUAUAUCGUGUUGUGACUGUCAGUACAUUUGCUGCCUUUAAAUGGGCCUUAAUCAGGAAUAAUUCUCAGGUUGCUACCACAGGGACUGCAGUGUGUAUCAACUUUUGCAUCAUUAUGCUACUGAAUGUGCUCUAUGAAAAGGUUGCACUCUUCCUCACUAACCUUGAACAGCCACGUACUGAAUCAGAAUGGGAGAACAGCUUUACUUUGAAAAUGUUUCUUUUUCAGUUUGUCAAUCUGAACAGUUCAACCUUUUACAUAGCAUUCUUCCUUGGAAGGUUUACCGGAAGGCCGGGUGCUUAUUUAAGGCUUAUCAACAGAUGGAGGCUGGAAGAGUGUCACCCCAGUGGAUGCCUUAUUGAUUUAUGCAUGCAGAUGGGCAUAAUAAUGGUACUGAAGCAAACCUGGAAUAACUUUAUGGAGCUUGGCUACCCGUUAAUUCAAAAUUGGUGGACUCGUAGAAGAUUAAGGCUGGAGCAUGGUGCUCAUGGGAAAGCUAGCUUUCCACAGUGCGAGAAAGAUUACAACUUGCAGCCUAUCAAUCCUUAUGGAUUAUUUGAAGAAUACCUUGAAAUGAUUCUUCAAUUUGGCUUUACAACAAUAUUUGUGGCAGCUUUUCCACUGGCACCACUCCUUGCCUUACUUAACAACAUUAUUGAAAUCCGACUUGAUGCUUACAAAUUUAUCACUCAGUGGAGAAGACCUUUAGGAUCACGAGCCAAGGACAUAGGUAUCUGGUAUGGGAUUCUCGAAGGCAUCGGGAUUCUGUCUGUUAUUACCAAUGCAUUUGUUAUAGCGGUGACCUCAGACUUCAUCCCUCGGCUGGUGUAUGCUUACAAAUAUGGACCUUGUGCUGGUCUAGGACAAGCUGGAGAAAAGUGCAUGGUCGGGUAUGUAAAUGCAAGCCUUUCUGUCUUCCUAGUAAAUAAUUUUGAGAAUCGCUCAGAUUCUGAGUUUCAUGCAAGAAGAUUUAAUGGCUCACCUGUAAAAUAUUGCCGGUACCGAGACUACAGAAAUCCACCUCAUGGUCCUGAGCCCUAUGCUUAUACUCUGCAGUUCUGGCAUGUUCUUGCUGCACGCUUAGCUUUCAUCAUUGUAUUUGAGCAUCUUGUUUUUUGCAUAAAGAAUUUGAUCUCCUAUUUGAUACCUGACCUUCCCAAAGACCUGAGGGAUCGAAUGCGGAGAGAAAAAUACCUCAUCCAAGAAAUGAUGUAUGAAGCAGAACUGGAAAGAGUGCAGAAAGAGAAGAAAGAGAGGAAGAGAAACGGGAAGUGCCAGAAUAACGAGUGGCCCUAACUGUGAAUAAAAGAACAAUAACCAGUACCACUGCACUACUUCACAGCCUAUUGCAUGGAACCCAGAUUCAAGCUGCAGUACAGCAUUAGUACCCAGCAAGAACUGAUCUACUGUGAAUACAUCUUGCAAUGUGAUAUUGCAGUCUUUCUAGCUAAACAGCAAGCAUGUGAUCAGUGGAAGACGUCCUCUACCAUUUAAACCCGUGUGUAGAAAAGGGACACAGUCGGACAUUUUUCCACCUUUUUUGUACCUUUUUCUGCAUUUUGCUUCCUGUCUGUUUUACAGAUCUAUGAAUACUCCUGCCACCAUUCUUUGGCUCAUAGGAUAUCUUCCAUUCGAUCACCAGACUUGGAACUGCAACCUUGUUUACAGUGCAACACGUUUUUUGUAUUUCAGAUAUUUCUGAGGAAAUUUCUAUAUUAUUGUACAUCCUAUAUAAAUGUAUAUACGUGUACAUAUUUCCAGGAGCUACAUCAUUUGUACAUAGCCAAAACUAAAGAGAAUGUUCAGUUUUAAAACUUUAAAUAAUGGGUUCUUGAGUAUAAAUAUACAUUUUAUGCUUGUAUAAUGUGAUGCAAUAAAUUGAA